AUGUCCAAGGGCACCAAAUAUCUGCUGGUGUCCCUACCAACCUCAAUAUCGUCCUCCAACGACCGAGACGAAGCCCUCACAGCUCUCCGAGCUGCCGUAACCACCGACUAUGGCACCACAUCCCCCUUCCCCAUACCAGCCUUCAAGAUUGGAACCCUCGACGCCCUAGUGCAGCAAGCGGACGACCUGGCGAAGCUCGACACGACAUGUGAAGGGGUGGUAAACCAGGUUGCAGACUCGUUGCGGAGCUUACUGGAGGGCGACGAGGAUAAGAUAGCGCAGCAGAAGACGAUCAACGAUAAGCCCGUGGACCAGUACCUCCGGUCGUUUUCAUGGAACAAGGUCAAAUACCGCGUAGACAAGCCAAUCGCCGAGCUGAUAGACGUCCUGCAAAGGGAAGUCACCGGCAUAGGCAACGACGUCAAGGCCAAGUUCAACCAAUACAACUCCGUGAAGACCAACCUGGCCGCCUCGCAGCGCAAACAAACCGGCAACCUCUCCACGCGCUCCCUCGCCUCCAUCGUCCAGCCGUCCCUCCUAAUCCGCGACUCCGAGUACCUCGAAACCCACCUCAUCGCCGUCCCGAACCAGCUCGUGAAGGACUAUCUCCGAUCCUACGAAACUCUGGCCCCGAUGAUCGUGCCCCGCUCCUCGACCGAAGUAGCAAAGGACGACGAGUUCACGCUCUACGCCGUCACGACGUUCAAGAAGCACUCGGCGGAAUUCAUCCACAAGUGUCGGGAGAAGCGGUGGACGCCGAGGGACUACAAGUACAAGGAGGGCGGGAAGGAGGAGGAGCGGGAGGAGGUGGAGAAGCUGGAGAAGGAUGAGAGGAAGAUAUGGGGGGAGGCGUUGAGGCUGGGACGGACGGGAUACAGCGAGAGCGCCAUGUGCUGGGUCCAUGUGCUGGCGCUGAGGGUGUUUGUGGAGACGGUGCUGCGGUAUGGGUUGCCGCUCAACUUUGUCUGCGGUGUCGUAUCGACGACGCCGAAGUUGGCGAAGAAGGUAAAAGCGAACCUCGAUUCGAGGUAUGGUUACCUCGGCGGCAAUGCCUUCAACCGGGACAGCCAAGGAAGGCCCAAGAAGGACGACUCGGCCAUGUCGAGUGAGAUACAGGCGGCGGCGCAGAUGGGUGGGGAGGAGUAUACGGCCUAUGUGUAUUAUGAGUUUGAGAUCGCAUAG